CAGGUUACCAAAUCUGGUUCUUUUGAGUAACAAAAAAGGAGACAAGUUCACCAUCCCCCAUCUGCCUUCCUCACUAGGUAAUUAACCAACACUAUAUAUUUCUUGUUCCAUUCAUCUUUUUUUUUACCCAUUUAAGUUUCUUCAAUUGAUUCCCUCAACACAAGCUCAAUGACUACUAAGACAAAGAGAAUCAUCACCAUUCUUCUAAGGCUUCUAGCCUUGGGAGCAACCAUUGCUGCAAUUGUUGUCAUGGUCACAAGCCAUGAAUCAGCUCAAGUUUUGAACUUGACAUUCACCGCCAAAUAUAGCAAUGACCCUGUAUUUAAGUACUUUGUGGUUGCAGAAGCAAUUGCAGGCGGGUAUAGCCUACUAGUUCUUGUUCUUUCUUCCAAGAGUUUGCUUUGGCGCCUAACAAUCAUCCUGGAUGUGGUUGUAACCGCCCUGCUGACCUCAAGCAUAUCAGCGGCGUUGGCAAUAGCUCAUGUGGGGAAGAAAGGCAAUAGUCAUGCUGGUUGGUUACCUAUUUGUGAGCAAGUUCCGAAGUUUUGUGACCGUGUCACUGGAGCUCUUGUUGCUGGUUUUGCUGCUGCGAUAAUCUACUCGGUGCUUCUUCUUUACAGUCUCCAUGCUGUCCUCAGCCCCAUUUUUGCUGUAAAAAUUUAAUUAAAAGGCUCCCUAAUCCAUAUUAUAUAUGUAGAUUUUGUCCUUCUAAAUGUUCUUUUACGUCCUUUUCCAUCCAAGUGUUCUGGUGUUUAUACUCCAAAUGUACUAAGAUAUGUUAAUGAUCAAAUAUUAGAGCCA